CGACUGUGGGAACACAAACUUUGCCUGGCGAGACUCCUGUAACAGAUGCCAUGCUCCUCGACCAGGUGGCGGAGCUGGUGGUGGGCCAGGAGGGGAUCGAGGUAGAGGUCGUGGAUUUAGCCGUGGUGGAGGAGGAGACCGGUUUGGUGGUGGUUUCCGUGACAGAGGAGACCGUGACGGUGGGGAUGCAGGGGAUAGAGGAGGCUUUAGGGGCGGGCGUGGAGGCAGAGGUGGAUUCGACAGAGAUCGCAAUGAUAGGAGGUCAAGGCCAUACUAA